UAUCACUUUUUCAAUCCUAUAUAAGAUAGGUCAGUAAGGCAGAAAAAGCACAACUGUUUUUUGCUCCUUCGACUCUUUUCCCUGAUUCUCUCGGGGGAAAGUCUAAAACGGUGGAAAAUGAGCAUCACAGACGUCCUUAGUGCUGACGACAUUGCCGCAGCCCUGCAGGAGUGCCAAGACCCAGAUACUUUUGAACCCCAAAAAUUCUUCCAGACAUCGGGCCUCUCCAAGAUGUCGGCCAGUCAGGUGAAGGAUGUUUUUCGGUUCAUAGACAAUGACCAGAGUGGGUAUCUGGAUGAAGAAGAACUUAAGUUUUUCCUCCAGAAGUUUGAGAGCAGCGCUAGAGAGCUGACAGAGUCAGAAACCAAGUCCUUGAUGGCGGCUGCGGAUAAUGACGGUGACGGGAAAAUCGGGGCCGACGAAUUCCAGGAAAUGGUGCAUUCUUAAAAGCCGCAGGCUGUGGAGAUAGAGACAAUCAGCCAGAAGGCCUCCAAAGCCCCUAGAAAUGGGAAACCCACUACCUGCCCCUAAUUUAUGUAUUCAUUCCCCCGGAUGUGCUUCUCCAAUUUGCCCCCUGUUUUAGCGAGGUAACAAGGCAGUCACUCGUGAAUUUUCGGUGGUCAGUACGCCCUGAUGACUCCUGUAAGGCCCUUGGCAGACGAUGCCUUUAAAAUUCACCCAAUAAAGAUAUGUUUCUCAUCA